AUGGCUCUUUGGACAUUCCUCCAGCUUGCCAUCGGUCCUUCCUUGCUAAUGCCCCUGUUCUUCACAACCCAUCUGUUGGCUACAGCAAUGAAGUUCUCAACUGCGGCUAUUCUCAUCAUUAUAUUCACUUCCACUGCGACAACUUCAACCCUUGCUGCCUCUGUCCGUAUCAGGAUGCCGAAGGGACCAGUAAAGCCCGACUCCUACAUCGUGCUGAAAUCCGGUGCAAAUUUGGAAGACCAUAUCGAGAGCAUUACUCGGAUAUCCACCCGGAGCCCUGGGUCUGAAUUCUCAGUCACUUACCGGUAUGAAAUGCUGAACGGCUACUCCGCACACGCUGCUGGAACAUCCCUUAGUCGCAUUCUCAUUUGCCCCGAAGUUGACUAUGUCGAAGCUGAUGGCAUAGCUUCCAGUGACAGUUACCUCCACCACGUGAAUGAGAGGGAUGCGGCAGAGCGUGACGAUGCUGCAGUUGAGAUGGAGGAUGAGGAUGGUCCGGUUGGACUCGAAGCACGGCGCGUAAACGGGAAAGAAGUGAUGAUUUUUAUAUUGAAUAGUGGAUGUCUGCUCAAUCAUAUCAGCCUCGAGAGUGAUGAACCUGAUCGUCAUGGUGGCUAUCUAAGUCGGGUUAGUCAUGGUCCGGCCUUCGGUUUCGCGACCCACGUGGACACUCACGGCGAAGGCACAUAUAUGGCCGGGCUGACAGUGGGGAGCCCUUAUAGCGUUUCGCCCGGCGCCGUCGCCAUUUCACUCAAGAUCUGCAGGGACCCUUCUGUUGUCGCUUGGGCCGACCUACUCGCAAGCUUCCAAUUUGCCCAUCGCCAAUUUAUUCUGACUCCUGAUCUUCCGACCAUCGUUCUGAUAACCGCCAGCGGUCCUUUCAAUCUGGCGAUUAACGACGCCAUCGACCGUGCCACCAGCGAUGGGUUGCACGUGGUAGCUUCUGCUGGGAAUGAAAACGACGACGCAAGCUUCCACAGUCCUGCAUCUGCUCCCGGAGCUAUCACCGUUGGCGCUGUUGACUGCUCAAACGCAAAACUACCCGUGUCCAACUACGGAGAGGUCGUCGAUGUUUUCGCCCCGGGUUCCAACAUUCUAAGUGCUUGGAGGGGGAUGGGUUUAAGCCAAACGCGGAGAAUGAGUGGCACUGGCCCGGCAGCUGCGUUAGUUGCGUCCAACUUAGCCCGUGCUUUAGGUCAACCUAUGUAUAAGGAUAUGUCUCCUGCCGAGCUAGCUGCCGAAUUGAAGAGGCGUGCCAUACGGGCAGUCAAACACCCGUUACCAGUGGGAACCACCGAUUUGCUGGUACAAGCUUGGCCGUGA